AAUGGCCUCUGCUAUGCCUGACAAAGAGGAAGCUGCCAAGACCUCCCUGGUGGUGAGGGAAGAGGAGCAGGAGGAUGCAGUGAGUCAGGUGGCUAACCUGACCUUGGUCAGCUCUGCCUGUGAUAUGGUUUCUACAGUUUAUGCCUCCACUAAGGAGACCCACCCCUAUGUCAGAUCUGUGUGUGAUGCAGCAGAGAAAGGAGUGAGGACUGUGACUGAGGCAACAGCCAGCUGCGUGCAGCCAGUUCUGACUACGCUGGAGCCUCAUGUUACUGCAGCAAGUGAGUAUGCCUCCAAGAGUUUGGAGAAACUAGGGGAAAAGCUUCCACUCCUUCAAAAGCCAGUGGAACAGGUGAUCUCUGAUACGAAAGAGCUGGUAUCAUCCAAAGUGGCUGAUGCAAAGGAUGCUGUGAGCAGCAAAGUGACAGAGAUGAUGGAUGCAACUAAGGAGACUCUUCAGAGCAGCAUGGAGGCUGCCAAAUCUGCAGUGACCAGCAGCGUGGGAAUGGUUAUGGACUCCAGAGAGGGUCAGACUGCUGUAAGUGGAGCAGAAGCUGUCCUGGUUGGAACAGAAGGCAACUCUCUCCCAAUUGCAAAUGAGGAACUAGCCAAACUGGCAGCAUUUGCAGAGGGUGCAGACAUAAUGUCUGUGGAGGAGCAGCAGGAGAAGAGGAGAUACUUUGUGCGGUUGGGGUCUCUCUCUGAUGAACUUCGCGUAUUUGCCCACCUGCACUCAACAGACCAAGUGAAACAAGCCUGGCAGGGCAUGCGGGAGGCCCUUGCACAGCUUCACUGCAUCAUUGAACUGAUUGAAGUUUUUAAGCAAGGAUUUAACCAAAAGCUUCAGGAGGGGCAGGAGAAACUACACCAAAUGUGGCUGGACUGGAGUAGGAAGUCUUUCAAAGAGAGUGGAGAUGAAGGCUUUGCAGAGCCAGAGGAGAUGGAGUCUCUGGCCCUGCUCCUGGCACUUGGUAUCACACAGCAGAUCCAGAUUGCCUGCUGUAAAAUAGUGUCUGCAAUCCAAGGCCUUCCCUCAAGCCUUCAGGCUAAGGUAAAACAGUCUCUUAGUACCAUAGAGGAGCUCCACGCUUCUUUCUCGGUGGCAAAAUCCUUCCAGGACUUGUCCAGCGGUGUCUUGACCCAGAGCCAGAGGAAGCUGACUGUGAUCCAGGAGUACAUGGAGGAGCUGCUGGACUACCUGAAGAACAACACUCCUCUGUCCUGGCUGGUGGGACCCUUUUCUCCCAAGGAGGAGAAAACAUCACAGGAGGAUGAGCCCUCUCAGGAGAAAACAUCACAGGAGGAUGAGCCCUCUCAGGAGAAGGAGGCAGAGACAGUUGUAGAAGGACAUCAUCAAGUCUCUGCCACCUUGAUUUAA